AUGAACCCCCGUCUCCCUCCUCUCGCCAACAAGACCUCCCUCACCUACAAGCUCACCUCGCUGUCGAAACAAAAACUCGCUCGCGAAGCCACGGCCCCGGACCCGGACAUUCGGCGCUGUCUCGGCCACUUCCGCCUGCACGUGAUGUCCAUGGAGUUGGCACAGAAGGAGAUGACGACGCGCAUCAACUCGUUCGAGCUGGAGGACGAGAGCGAUGAGGAAGAAGAUGCCGUUGUCGACGAGGUCAAGGAUAUGGCCGACAAGGAGGUCGUGGCGGACCAGCCGCUGCCCGUCUCGAAGAACCAGGACGGGGACCACGGCGUUGCUGCCGAUGCCGAUGAAGAAGAUAAGGAGGCCCAGGCCCGUUUCCACCUCUCGUUCGAGCAGACCUCGACGCUGCCCUCCUCAACGGCUGGGUCUGCGGAUCUGCUGGAUGAAGUGACCACGACGAUCCCGCCGUCGGGCCUGCCGGUGCACGAGUCGGAGAUGCCGGCGUCGACGAACCCGUUGCCCACGACGCAUAUGCAGACACAAACGAAUGCCUCUGCCAACACGACGCCCGUGAACUCGGACACCGAAUCCGAUGGCGAAGGCGAAGGCGAAGUCGAGAAGGAUGUCGAAGAUACCUCCACGGAAACAGACUACGAGACGGAAACGCAAACAGAUACUGAGACCGAGACGGCGGCCACCGACACCGAUCCUGAGAUCGAGUUCGAACCCGAGUCGGACGAAAAAAAAAGUCCAGACGGCACGCUCCUCGAAAAGGGUCGCUCCUGCAUUGAGAAGACCGUUCAGAACUCUUCACACUUCUGGCCGUCGACUCACGGACAAUGUAUGCCCGUCCGAAUUUCCGGGUAA